CAACAAUACGCGACGAAACUGUACGACACUCUAACUGGACUACUGUGAUAACUAUAGCUGUUUUAGAAAAUAGUCACACAUUUAAACGUGAUUAUUUUAGCAAUAGUUGCUUCUGUUACAGCAGAGCCAACGGUAUAUUCGGUUACCCUUACAAAAGAAAAUGAUCUGUCCCACACCAGACCACCACGGAAAAUGGCGACUGUGAAAUAGAUGGAAGACGAAAGUAAGAAAUUAUUCAAUGCAGCGUAUAAAUUGUGCCCUGUUUCCAUCCACACCACUCGGAGGUCAUGGCAGCUGAAAUGUCAUGUCUGACAGGUGUUGAUGAAGACGACAAAGAUGCUGAUCCUGAAAUCAAUGCCCUCACACUCCUGCAGGAACCAAUGAGAAUGGCGCAAGAAUCAACCUCUUGCAGUGAUUCUUUUGGCAAGCCAUCUCUGAAACAAAACAGUGUCCUAAAUGUUUUGUCAGAAGAAGAUAUGUUGUCUCCAGUUGGCCUGGGAAAUGGACCUUCUUCGCAUCAGGCUACUCAAGCCCAUGAGCUCAACAGCAUCUCCAGUGAAAAAGAGGAGGAAAAGAGCAUCACCCCACUAAAAACUGUGCAGGAAAUUGACACUGCAGGAAUUUGGGGGUUUGAUGAGUCACCUGAGAACUCGUUGGAUAAUUUUAGCAGUGCCAGCGACCUUCAUUGGGACCCUCACAAAGAGUUUAUGCAGUUUCUUUGGGAGAACCACAGUGAUUCCCCUGGUGAGGAGCCUAAAGAGGAAGUCUCUUCUGCCAACAGCCAAAGGAGAAGGAAACGGAAAAUGGACAUGGUCGUCAUGGUGGAUCCCUCAGAAGACCUUUACCCUGAGCUGAGCCCCAAGUCAUCUGAGGAACUGUCUGACGCUGAAGACCAAGCAGACUCCAUUCCUGUCAGGAAAGUCAGAAAGUCAAGGAAGUUCUCCAAGUCACAGUCAUUACCAACAGGGAAAGUGUCCAAGUAUCCCAAUGGAACUGUAAAGGCCAUCAAGGAAAUUCUUUAUAAUGCACCUGCAAGAAACUCACAUGAGAACAGUAUAGGUCAUGGGCUGUCACCUUUGAAGGGGAGGCUCACAAUAAAUUCUCAUUCAGAAGGCAAGUCCUCAUGUUACCCUUGCUCAAAAUGCAAGUUUGUAUUCAAGAAAGAGCAUCAUUUGCAUCGUCAUAUGAAGUCUCAUGUUGACUCUCCUACUAUUUCACCAAAGCCUUUUAUAUGCCGAGAAUGUGGACAGUCUUUCAGACAAAGCGGUUCGCUUAUUGAGCACAUGUCCAUCCAUCAUGAGAAGAGAACAAGACUCACUGAAGAGAUCAAAGGCGUGAAUGAUAAAAAGAAAGAGGAUAAAAAGUUUUUUUGCCCUCAGUGCCCAUUUGGAACAAACUGCCCAAACACAUUUGUUCAACAUGCAAAAACACAUGAGAAGGACAAGAGGAGGUUUAGAUGUGACAAAUGUAGCUUCAGGACUCUGAGUGAGAAUGAUCUUAGGCGACAUAACAUUAUGCAGCACACUGUUAUCACGGUUAGAAAGCAUAUCCAGAAUGAUGACCCUGGAAACUUCUCCUGUAACAUUUGUUCUUACAGAGCUUUUAGCAGACAUGUUUUUACCAAUCACCUUCUGCGACGCCAUCAGCUUACCUUUGAGGAAUACGAAGCUGAACAACUUAUUGAGAGAAAUGCACAACCAUCUAAAGAACAGCAUGUGCCUACUUGUAAAACUCCUGUUGAAGAUGCAGAGUUUACAUCUAAAAUCUCGAUAAAAAAUCAAAUCUCUUCAAAAAGAGUUUGUUCACCCAAUGAGUCCAAUGAUAUUUCAGACUUAUUCAGAAAUAGCAAGAUUAGGAGAGGUCCCAAGUCUCAACUAACAGAAUCAAAACUUGACAAAUCCAUUAACGUUCUCCUUUCUCGACAAAGACAUGGAAAGAAGACUGCAGAACACAGGAAGGAAAGCAAUAAUUGUAGUACAUCUGUUCAAGAUUCCAAAAGUGACAACGAUGGCUGUGAAGAGUUGCCAGCAACAUUGGCUGUCCAGGCUGAGGGUUUGUCUUUAUCCUCAAAUGGCCCCAAGUUGAACGUAGAUCAUUCAACACUCAAAAAGUCACCAUCUAAAAGGAAAAUGUCCACCCCAUAUCGCAACACUUCUGAUCAAGACACAUGCUUCAUCUUACCAAAACCUUUACAAAGUCCCAGAAAAGGGAACCAAGAAGAAGAAGUGUCAGACUAUGAUGAAAAGGACAUUUUCCAAUUUCAGGAUACCGAUGCCAACUCUAACCUGUUUGACAAUGGCAUCAGAAAAGAAAAGCAAAACAUCAUUUACACCUAUAGCAGAAGAAUGUCCAUGAGGGGUGCACUCCAGGCAUCUAAGAGGCUGUUUGAGAAAAUAAAGACGGAAGAGCAAGAACAGGAUGACCCUGAAAUCAAAGAAGAAUGCAUAGAAACAGAAGUAUUUCAAGAAACCUUUGAGGCCCACCAAAUACCAUUGGGUGAAUCCUUUGCAGAUGAUUUGUCAGACUUUGAAUCGGACCGCAAGAACUGUCCGUACUGUCCUGCAGUUUUUGAGUCAGGUGUUGGAUUGUCCAAUCAUGUGAGAGGACAUCUUCAUAGGGUUGGACUUAGCUACAAUGCACGCCACGUUGUGCCUCCUGAGCAGGUGGCUUCUCAGGAUAGGAGGCCACGAAUCCGACGGAAGAUUUCAGCUUACCGGCGAUUGAAAAAAGCAUUACAGCUGGAACAGUCGGAAUCCGAGACUGUGAAGAGCAUCCACUCAUGCCCAUUGUGCGGGGACUCAUUUGAUAACAGGACUGGGCAGUCCAACCACAUACGAGGCCACCUCAAAAAGCUUGGCAAAAGCUUUUCUACAAAGAACAAAUCCCCAUUAAUUUUACUGCGGGAGUUGAUGCGUGACAAGAAGGAGUUCCAGCGGGCCCUUCAGAUCAUUGGAAAGAGACGGAACCAUUUCCACUAUGGUGCUUCACCAAAGCUGCCCAGUGCUGAUCGUUUCACGUUGCCACCCACUGGAAUCCCAAAAAGUCAUUCGAUUACAAGCGUUUGCACUGAUGCCAAACCACUGAUGCCCACGUUCUCUUUAGCGGAAAUUGAGUCCGAUAAAAGGCAACUGGAGACAAAGUUGGAUGUUAAAGAUUCACUCUCAGGCACAACCGCCUUGAUAGGAAUUCUGAAGAAGAGGAAGUGUCAGGAAGAUGCCAGACUAAAGGGAUCCUCUCAGAUGUCAAGAAACGUGUUAACAGUUUCUUCAAACAGUGAGCACAGUUCAGGAAGAGUUGCAUCUUCACUGCCAAACUCAGUAUCUGAGAAGGGUGAAUUCAACAGGAAGGUGUGCGUCCAUUGCAAUGCAACGUUCCACAGUGGAGUCAGCUUGUCUAAUCACCUCCGGGCAUAUGCAAAAAGAAAAAGGAUUGCCUUACUCGAGGGAACCACGAUUGACUGUAAGGCGGUUAGGACACGCUCAAGGCCCGGCUCAAAGAAGAAGACACUGCCCUUACCACAAACUCCAGAGGAAAUGUACAGGCUCACCUGCAGGUUCUGUGACCUCGUCUUCCAGGGUCCCUUGUCAGUUCAGGAGGACUGGAUCAAACAUUUACAGAGACACAUUAUGAACACUAGUGUCCCUCACACUGGGCUAGGCAUGGUAGAGGUCACCUCGUUGCCCACAGACCCCCCGACCCUCAAGACUGAUCAAGACAGCUCUUUGACAGUCACACAUGCUGCCUCAUGAGGCCAGUGGGGACCUUUUUAGAUUUCACUAGACUGUAUGUGUAUGUACAUUUGAUGUUCUAUCACUUUUUAUUUUAGUUAAUGAAAUACUGGCCAAAAGUACAAUACUGCUCAGUCCUGGAGAUAUUGUACACAUUUGAACAUUUGGACAGAUGAAAAAGUUAAUUAUUUUGGAUAUUGUUACCUUUGUC